UGUGUGUAAUGACUGGAAUGAAAAAAUAGGUGGUAGAAAAAUACGAAAAAUCGAUUCAAGAACAACUUUGCUGAAAUAUCUUUUUUGACCGAUUUAAGUGGUUUUAUUCUUAGAAAGAGUCUUUUAUGCACUACUUUGUCGCACAAAAUUGACGUCGUCACAUCACGUUCACUCAGCUGUUCUCAUUACAUCGCAGAAGCAGGAAAGGAUUUCAUUUAAAAAAUAUUUAAAAAAAUAAUUUCAAGUUCAUUCUGUCGACAUGACUAUGCAGUCUUCCUGUUAAGUUGCUUCAAGCCAGUGGCGGGAUGAGGCCCCUCAAAGAUGCUCAGUUGGGGGCCUUCACCUUCUUUGCCUCAGCUCUCCCUCAUGAUGUCUGUGGGAGCAAUGGCCUCCCUCUCACCCCCAACUCCAUCAAAAUCCUGGGACGCUUUCAGAUCCUCAAGACCAUCACUCAUCCCAGACUCUGUCAGUAUGUGGACAUCUCCAGAGGGAAACAUGAACGGCUGAUUGUUGUUGCUGAACACUAUGAAAGCAGUUUAAGUGAUUUCCAAAAACAGGGGAAAACUGCCUGCCCAGAGAAGGUGCUGCAGAUAGCCUUUGAGGUCCUUGAAGGUCUGGAGUUUAUGAACAAACAUGCUAUGGUGCACAGGGCCCUCAGCGUACACAAUGUGCUGAUGGACUGUAAGGGGAAUGUCAAGCUGGCAAAGUUUGGCCUUUAUCACAUGACUGAUCAUGGGGCCGAUGUAGAUUUUCCCAUUGGGUACCCAUCAUACCUUGCUCCAGAGGUGAUCGCUCAGGGCUCUUUCCACCCUAGUGACCCUUCCCAUGAUGAAUCUCCUCUGCCCUCAGGACCCAAGUCUGAUGUCUGGUCACUUGGGGUGUUGCUCUUUGAAUUGUGUGCAGGUAGGCGACUGCUGCAGAAUAUUGAUAUAAGUGAGAGAUUGAAAUUCAUUCUAACCCUGGGUUGCAUGGAUGACAUUGUCACUGUCCUUGCUGAGGAACAUGGUUGCCUGGAUACAGUUAAGGAGCUGCCUAAGAAUGUUCUCGAGUUAUUAAGGAAAUGCUUGACCUUUCUUCCAUCCAAAAGGCCAACCCCUGCAGAGCUGCUGGGAGACCCCGUGUUCAAUGGGGUCUCUUGCCUGUAUACACCCUUCCAGAAGCCUGUUAGCCUGUUCUCCUCUUCCCUGCGCUGUGCACAUCUGGAGCUCCCAGAGGACAUCAGUGACCUUUGUAAAGACGAUGAUGAAGACUACCUGUCAGAGCGGGCCAUAGAUGAGGUGUAUCAUCUGUGGUGUCUGGCUGGGGGAGACCUGGAGAAGGAGCUGACGAAUAAGGAGAUCAUACAGUCCAAACCUCCAAUCUGCACACUGCCCAAUUUUGUCCUAGAAGACGGAGAGUCAUUUGGCCAAGGCAGGGAUCGGAGUUUCUUGCUAGACGACACUACAGUGACACUGUCUCUGUGCCAACUCAGAAAUAGACUGAAGGAUGUAGCGGGAGAAGCCUAUUACCCUCUGCUGGAAGAUGAACAGUCAAGUCUGUCCCAGUCCAACAGCAGCAAUGAGCUGUCGGCCACCGUCACGCUGCCACUCAUCAUCCGCGAGAGAGACACAGAGUACCAACUCAUCCGCAUCAUCCUCUUUGACAGGCUGCUCAAGGCCUAUCCUUACAAGAAGAACCUAGUGUGGAAAGAGGCCAGAGUGGAUGUUCCCCCUCUUGUUCGAGGAUUGGCCUGGGCUGCACUACUGGGCAUUGAGGGAGACAUUCAAGCCAAAUAUGAGGCCAUAGACAAGGAUACACCCAUUCCAACUGACAGACAGAUUGAGGUGGACAUCCCACGCUGCCACCAGUAUGAUGAGCUGCUGUCAUCUCCUCAGGGCCACAUUAAGUUCAGGCGUGUGUUGAAAGCCUGGGUGGUCUCCCACCCUGACCUGGUCUACUGGCAGGGUUUGGAUUCACUUUGUGCUCCAUUCCUUUACUUGAAUUUCAACAAUGAAGCCCUGGCAUAUGCCUGCAUGUCUGCGUUCAUCCCCAAAUACUUGUACAACUUUUUCCUGAAGGACAACUCUCAUGUCAUCCAAGAAUACUUGACUGUCUUCUCCCAAAUGAUUGCCUUCCAUGACCCAGAGCUAAGCAACCAUCUAAAUGAGAUCGGCUUCAUCCCAGAUCUUUAUGCUAUUCCAUGGUUCCUGACGAUGUUUACACAUGUGUUUCCACUGCACAAGAUCUUUCACCUGUGGGACACGCUGCUGCUGGGUAACUCCUCUUUCCCCUUCUGUAUUGGCGUGGCCAUAUUGCAACAGCUCAGGGAUCGUCUCUUGGCUAAUGGCUUCAAUGAGUGCAUCCUACUCUUCUCUGACCUGCCAGAAAUUGACAUUGAGCGCUGUGUCCGUGAAUCCAUCAACCUCUUCUGCUGGACUCCAAAGAGCGCUACAUACAGACAACAUGCUCAGCCGCCGAAGGUCGCUGGCGACAAUGGCUUUGGGAAAACAGCAACAUACCACUCGUCUGACUACCAGGACAUGCCCAAGACCGACCUAUCUCGUGAUCCUCUGGCGCUGUGCGACCUGAAAGCAGAAGUUUCCCCACGGGUCUCGGCUGAGGACUUAAUCGACCUCUGUGAGCUGUCAUUGGCUGGGCCCACCAAGCGGACCAAAGCCGGCAAGCCCAAAAUCAUUGCUGUCGACAUCCGCAGCGUGGAGGACUUCAGCAGAGGCCAUAUUUCUGGCAGCAUCAACAAUCCCUUCAGUGCAGCGUUCAGCCCUGACGGUGAGCUAGUGCAGUGUCCCGCAACAGGAAUCCUCCAGAACUACAGAGGACGUGUAAUUGUGGUCAUCAGCCACACUAUGAAGAGUGCUGCUAUGUUUGCAGCACAUCUAGUUAUGGUAAAUAUCCCACGGGUUUGUAUCUUGGAUGGAGGGAUCAACAAGCUGAAGCCCACCGGACUCCUGACUGUCCCCUCCCCUCAGAUCUGACCCCAUUCCUCAGCUUCACAUUAGCAAAAGGGAAAAGUGGAAGAACUGUAUAUUACAUUUUGAGCUGAUAUUGAAGUGUCGUCAUUGUAUUUAACAUUUUUUAUACAUUCUAAUUCAACUGUGGUGCAAAAUGACAAACUGCAUUGAAAAAAUGUAAAUAAUCCUCCUUAACCCAGUUUGAUUUCAUUUCCAUAUAUACAGUCCUGGUUGAAAUAAAUCGAUACCCCUUAAUUUUAAGUACAGAAUUUAGGAUAUCUUCAGAAAUAAAUGCAAAUUAACCAGUUGUGUAUUAUCAGAAUGUGUAAUAAAAUGUCCAGAGUUACUGAACAACAACAUAAAAGUGAAUUAAAAAAUACAGGCAUGUAAUGUAAGCUCAACACAAUUAUUAACACACUUUUGAUGAAUUUAAAUGAGUUCCUCAAACAAAAUAUAAACAAAUAAAACUCACCUGAGAAAAAACACCACACAAGACAUCUGAAGAGCUUCAGUCUGACCUGGAGCAAUAUGGCUGGUGGUUUUAACCCGUACCAUUCACGGCACACUAAACCAAGUAGGGCUCUGUGGGCAAAGUCCAAGGAACACUAUCACUAUUGAAAGAAAGGCACAAAAAGACAAGACUAAUGUUUGCAAAAACUUUUCUAGAGAAGACACAGUUUUUCUUGGAUAAUGUUCUAUGAACAGAUGAAACCAAACUAGAGCUCUUUGGGAAUGCAGUGCAUCAGUUUGUUUAUAGGCGACAAACUGACGCCCAGAAGUAAAAGAGCACCCUACCUACAGUAAAAUAUGGUGGCGGUUCUAUCAUGCGCAGGAGCUGCUUUGCUGCCUCUGGUACUGGAGGCAUUGAAUAUAUCAAAGGAAUGAUGAAAUCAGAAGAGUACCAAGGUAUUUUAGAGCAAAAU